AUGGAUGCACCCAGACCAGGGCCCGGGCCGGAAGGCUCUUUCAGAUCCCCAUCCCCGCCUCGCCCUGAGGCCGAUAAUGCCAGUGUCUCGGCAGACGGUGAUCCUUUACGUGAGGCAUUUCCGCUGCGGGGACAGCGACUGUCUGAAGACCACAGUGGCCGACGCCCGCGACCUCGGUCGCAUCGUGAGAGAAACCAGUACUCCGCAUCACCUCAGCGCGCCACCCCAUCCAACUCAUACCGUGAUACGUCUCAACCUCCCUCUCCAUAUAACGCUGAACGAGACGGCCGGGGUGGUCAAAGCUCUUCGUAUCAUAGAAAGCAGGGAAACGCAUCACCCCAUCGUUCCUAUCAUCAAGACCAAUAUGAUGAGCCGCCGGACUACGCCUCUGGACCGUCGUACAGAGGUGGCCGUUCUGGUCGGCGUGGAAGCUAUCCCGGUGGUCGUCGAUUUUCCGGCACCGAGUCCCAGUUGUACAGCAAUGGGCCUUCUCCACGGGAUAGAGCUCAUAUGGGCAAUUCUCAACGAGGUGGUCCAGGUUCCUGGGACCGCGCUCCUCAUAGUCCUUCACAUCGUGGUCAAUUAUCGCAGAGUCCUCCACCUCCACCUCCGCCAGACGACCAGGCACCACAUGGUUCUGAGGAUAGCUCUCGUCGUUUCCAGCCUGCAGCCAUGGGCCAGCAAGAUGAGAAUUCAGAGCUAAAUCCGCAUACCGAAAAUGGAGGACCUCGGGAUGCUGCUCAAUCCGGCCCUACAAACACUUCCGCGCCACCAAACAAGGGCGGCAAGAUCAGUUUUGCCUUUAAAGCAAAGGCGGCGCCGGCCCCAGCAACUAAACCUGUUCCAGAUCUUGCACAGAGGAUGCUAGCUCGCGAGCCACCUCCCCGUGCCGCUGAACCCCCUCCUCCCCCUCGCAGCCGCAUGCCUCUCGGUCCGCCGCCGAAGUUCAAGUCUGAUAACCGGUUUGACCGUCGAGACCGCGACCGGCGCCGUGAUAGGGACCGAGACAGAGGCAGAAAUGACAGGAGAGGGGACUUCCGUGAUUCUCGCGGGUUCCGUGAACCUAAGGAUGGGCGCGAUAACAGAAGGGAUGACCGACGGUUUGAUGGCCGCAACGACAAACGAAGAGGAGACCGUCGGCAAGACCUCCCUCCCGAGCGCCCCCGUGAACGCUCUCCCGAACCAGCGAAACAAACCAAGGUCUUAGCUCGCCCAAAGCCGCGUCCCACGCUCCCAGAAGAGUUUGCUAAGUCGGAUUCUGUGUACCACCGAAAGCCCGGAAACGAGUCCGUGAUUGGUGCCGGUACAUAUGGAAAGGUUUUCAAAGCGAUCCACGUCUAUACGCAGAAGAAGGUGGCUUUGAAGAAAAUCCGUAUGGAGGGCGAAAAGGACGGGUUCCCGGUUACAGCUGUACGGGAGAUCAAGCUGCUCCAACAUCUACGGAACCACAAUGUGGUCAGCUUACUGGAGGUGAUGGUUGAGAGAAACGAAUGUUUCAUGGUGUUCGAAUAUCUCUCCCAUGACCUCACUGGGCUCAUCAACCAUCCGACUUUCACCCUUACUGCGGCCCACAAGAAAGACCUCGCGAAACAGAUGUUCGAAGGGCUGAGCUAUCUGCACCACCGGGGCGUCCUGCACCGUGACAUCAAGGCCGCGAACAUCCUCAUCAGUAACCGCGGUCAAUUGAAAUAUGCCGAUUUUGGCUUGGCCCGAUUCUUCUCCAAGAGUCGCCAACUUGACUACACCAACCGUGUCAUCACGAUAUGGUACCGACCCCCUGAACUACUCCUGGGUGAGACUCGGUAUGGUCCCGCCGUUGACGUGUGGAGUGCUGCUUGUGUGUACGUGGAAAUGUUCACGAAAAAGGCAGUCUUCCCUGGUGAGGGUGGGGAGAUUAGCCAGCUGGACAAGCUAUACAACUCCCUCGGAACGCCAUCCCGGGCUGAAUGGCCAGAUCUGACAGAGAUGCCUUGGUUCGAGCUGAUGCGACCCACGGAGCGGAAGAAACGAAUCUUCGAAGAUGUCUACCGGGAUGUUUUGUCCCCCGCUGCCUUGGACCUCGUCUCUCAAAUCUUCCGCUACGAUCCAGCGAAACGACCAACAGCUGAAGAAGUCCUCGCACACCCUUACUUUGUCGAGGAGGAGCCGUCACCACAGCAGGCCGUCGAGUUGGAGAAUAUUGAGGGCGACUGGCAUGAGUUUGAAUCCAAGGCGCUCCGCAAAGAACGGGAUCGGGAAGCCCGCCGUGCGGAAUACCAGCGAGACAAGGAGAAGCGCAAGGCCGAGUCUUCCGUCCCUCAGAGUGACCGAGAGCCCAAGCGAGUGAGGCCUGAUGGAACCGAGGAUUCGCAACCUUCUGCUCCCGUACCGCAAUAG